AUGGCUUUCGUAGGAGGGGCAGAGAGUGAAGUUCAAAAAUGGAAAGUUCCUGAGUUGAAAUCGUAUUUACAGAGCCGUGGAAUAACUGUUUCGCAAAAGAGAAAGGAGGAACUAGUAGAAUUGGUGGAGAAGGCUCACGAUCUUUCACUGGAACCGAUAGACGAUUGGGAGAAACCGGAGGAUGUGAUAGUCAACAAGUUGCAGACGAAAGAAGGUUCGCUCCCCUGUCCUAACACGUUACACUCUGACUGGACUUCCGACUUUUCUGAUUUUCCGAACUUCACAUACGGUGAUAUGUACGCUUACUUAAUCAAUAAGGAGGGUUAUGACCACGAGUCUCUCAAGGCAUAUAAGUCGUUCGAAGGCUACCGCCUGUUCUGGGAUGGCCAUGUGUUAAAAUUGAUGAAGAACAAGAACUUGUUCAACAGGGUUCGUACGGGUCAUGGAAAACCUGGAAAGUCAUGGAAUUUCGAAAAAAAAAUUCCAGGCCUGGAAAGUCAUGGAAUUUCGAUCAGAGUCAUGGAAAGUCAUGGAAAAUUGUUAUAAUUUGACAUUUUGCAAAAACCGAGAUGAAAAUAAAGAAAAUUCCUUGCUUUCACAAGUUUUUGUUUAAUAAACUAUUCCUUGUUUACGUGUUUGCAACGACAAACGCGCAUUUUCCCCGAUACCGUGUGAUACGUUUUUGCUGAGACCUGGGGCCGAGUCCCAGCAUCGCCAUGCGACCAGGCCUGCCACGAGGUAAAGAUGAGCUUGAGCGAUCAUUCAAGCAGAUUUAAUAUAUAAUGCCUGGAAAAUGCAAAUUCCAAGAUGCUUGGCUGAGUAACCCGCAGUAUAAUAAGUGGAUAGAACGCGGGAGUUCUUCGUCAGAGGCAAAAUGUAAAGCAUGCAAAAAGACAUUCGCUGUUCAAAAUAUGGGAGAAGCAGCAGUGAAAAGCCACAUGAAAUCGAAGAAGCACGUCGAUGCUGUUAAAGGUACGUUUGUGUGUUCAAAUUUGAAUUUACUAGAAUUUAAAGUUUGCAUCAAGACAAGAAAAUGCAUGUUUGCGUUAGAUAUUUGUCUCGAUAUUUGUACCAACUCGUGAUUCAUUUAGGAUGCAGCCUGUAUUGGGUAUAACAUAGAUUUAAGUGCUGUGGUGUAAUAAGAAUCGGCAAAAUAAUCAAACAGAACAAAAGAAUUUGUCAUCUAAAGCGACAGAAUAUAAAUAAAUGUCUUUUUGUACCGAUGUUUAGGCAAGAGUGUUCUUUUGAGUUUUUGAGAGGCUGCAGGGGGGGGGUGGUUGGGGGCCGGUGGGACUAAACUCGGAGGUAUAUUAAAUUUCAGAUAUAAAGUUAAUGUAUUAUGAGGGACUAGCAAAACGGCCAUUUCAUAUUUUUUUAUUUAGCGCAUCUUUAUUUAUUAAUACAAAAUUUAUACAAUAGUUAAUACUAUGCGAUACAACACUAAUACACUAAAAAGUGAGUUUUUAUUUUUCCUUGACAUUUGUGGCUCAGCAUUGGGAUUAAUUAUGGCUUCAGCCCCCCUCCUUCAGUUCUGUUGUGGCGCCUGUAAAAUAUGGUUUAUUUUUAUAAGUGGAUUGCAAUUUCGAUGAGGCUAUUGUGAAAUUUUGAGAUUCCAGGAUUUCUGUGACAGUAAAUUCAUUUAAUUAGGGCUCAUUUUUGACGAUAUUCAUAAACAAACAUUUUUAAUUUGAUUUUAGACGAGAGUAGCAAUGCCAGCCUCAGAAACUUUUUACCUGCUGUUGGAAGCCAGCGUGGUUCACAUGAAGUAGGACGCUCUGAACAGCCAUGUUCUUCCGGUGCCGGUGAUAUAAGAAAUUAUGUGGCUUCAAAUGAGACACUUGCUGCAGAAGUUUUGUGGGCACUGAAAGUAAUCUUGUCUCACUAUAGUUACAAGAGCUGUGAGGACAUUCCAGAACUAUUUAAACGUAUGUUUCCGACAGCCAGAUAGCCAGCAAGUUUUCCUGUGGCGAGAAAAAAUGUGCUUACUUAGCUUGUUUUGGCAUAGCACCCUAUAUCCAACGUAAGCUUACGGAUGAAGUCACAAAACUUGAAUUGUUUGUUUUACUUUUUGAUGAAUCGCACAAUAAAGUUACCCAAACCAAGCAGAUGGAUCUGCAUGUUAGGUUUUGGGAUGCAAAGAACUCCAGAGUGCAGACAAGGUACCUAACCUCUGUAUUUCUGGGACAUGCUACAGCCGACGACCUUUUGGAAAAGAUCGUUAGCUACCUUGAUAGUAUCAAGAUUCAGAAGUCCAACAUAUUGCAGUUGUCAAUGGACGGGCCUAACGUGAAUUGGAAACUGCAUGAGCUAUUCCAGGAACUGAUCUCUGAGGUUGACGAAAACGCACCCAUCUUAGUUAACGUAGGCUCUUGUGGACUUCACAUUGUACACAAUGCUUUCAAAGCUGGAUCAAAGGCAUCUACUUGGAGCAUUCAGGAAGUUCUGUCUUCUCUUCAUUGGUUAUUUGUGGAUUCACCAGCACGAAGAGAGGAUUACACAGAAAUAACCAGCAGUGUUGUAUUUCCAAUUAAGUACUGCAAGCACAGAUGGCUGGAGAACCUGCCAGUUGUAGUACGGGCCCAGGAAAUAUGGAAAGAAGUCACUUUCUAUGUGACAACGGUGCAACGUAGCAGCAAAUAUAGUGUGCCAACUUCAAAGUCCUACAAGACGAUAAGAGAUUCAACCCAAGAUCCACUAAUGCCUCUCAAAUUUGCUGCUUUUGAGUCAGUGGCUAAACAGCUGCAACCAUUUCUGGUACAGUUCCAAAGCGACAGCCCUCUUCUACCAUUUGUGGCCAGCAGUCUAGAGAAGGUGAUUCGUGGUCUCAUGAAAAGGUUCGUCAAAGCUGAUGUACUCCAGGGUGCCAGCUCUGCAGUAAAGCUUCUGAAGAUUGACUUCAAGAAGAGGGAGAAUUGCCUUGACGUGGAGAAGUUGGAUGUUGGUUUUGUUGCUGCCACGAAGCUGAAAGAAUUGCAAGCAGCCAAGAAAAUCAGUGAUCGUCAGACAUAUGAAUUUAGGAAGGAAUUCCAGUCGUUCCUUACAGCUACAGUUGGAAAACUUAUUGAGAAGACCCCAAUUGCCUAUUCCCUUGCCAGGAACCUGUGCUGUUUGGAUCCGAUUCAUAUUGUGACAGAGAAAGAAGCAAGCUGUGCGAGGUUCAAGAUUGUCCUCAAGAAAUUGGUAGAAUGCAAGAGGGUUGAUAUUCAUGAUUGUGACAUUUUGUUGUCACAGUACAGUGAAUUUACGGAACGGGCUACACAGGUGCACAAGUCUGAGUUUGAAGACUUUGACUUUACAGAUCAGAGAUUGGAUGCAUUUCUCCAAAAACACAUUGGUCUUGUCGGUUCACUUUCCAAACUGUGGGACGUUGUGAAAUUCCUCUUGUGUCUCUCACAUGGGCAAGCAAGUGUAGAAAGGGGAUUUUCCGUUAACCGACAGCUAAUGAUUGAGAAUAUGAAGGAGACCACUUUCGUUGCCCAACGCACCAUUCAUGACCACAUAUUGAGUAUUGAUGGAUUUCAUAAAUUGGUCAUUUCGAACGAGUUCUUACCUCUGCUAAAGCAGGAAGACAGCGGUAUCACGCCCAUCUUGAAGAGCAGCGACAGCUUGCGAAAAAUGUUGCCAAAAGCCACAAACGAAAAUCUGUGGAUGAAGCAAAAGCUGAUUUCCAGAAGAAAAAGAAGAGACUUGAAACAGAGAUCACCACCUUACAGUUUGAUGCUGACAAAUUAGCUAAAGAGGCUGAGGUGAAGAGGCAGCUCGUCUUGUUAACCGAAUCAAAUGCACUCAGAAAUGCAGCAAAGGAGAAGAAGAUAGAACUAGAAAACUUAAACAAGGAAUUGGAAGAGUGUGAUAAAUAAGUCCGAGUGACAACCUGUCCAAAAGUACUGCUUUCUUGAAGUUAUUUACCAGAAUUGCAAGCAUUUAACCAUUGAACAAAUAGAUUUGUUCAUACAAGGAUGCACUCAUAUAUUUUUCUAUAUUGUAGAUGAAAACUGAAACCUCAUACUGCAAUUGUGAACACUGAAACAAUGACUGUAUUGUAAGGAAAUUAAGAUUUUAUAGUUCUGGGCUGUACAGGUUUUGUUAGGAAAUUAAGUCUGGAUUAUACAGUUUUUGUUACGAAAUUUUAAAAGAUAUAGUUCUGGAUUGUACAGAUUUUGUUAGGAAAUUAAGUCUGCAUUGUAUAGAUUUUGUUAGGAAAUUUUAAUAGAUAUAGUUCUGGACUGUACAGUUUUAUAAGGAAAUUUUAAAAGAUAUAGUUCUGGACUGUAAAGUUUAUCUUAGGAAAUUUAAAAGAUAUAGUUCUGGACUGUAAAGUUUAGUAAAAAAGUAUCUGUUUACGUCGUGUUGUUGCACUUGUGUCAUUUUGUUGCACGGAAAUAAAGAUUCCGUGUUAUACGUAUGAAUUUAACUGGUCUUAGCAUCUUCUUCUUUUCUACAAUUUGGUUAACAUGCAAGGAAAAAACGAAUUGAUGGUACUGUAAGUAUAUAUUGAGAAAAAUAAUUUGAACAAUUGGGUCAUGGAAAAUCGGAAAAGGUCAUGGAAAAAGUCAUGGAAAGUCAUGGAAUGUCAGAAAGUCAAAAGCGUACGAACCAUGUUCAAUGGAUACCACUACGUUAAAUUUGGAGUAAAGCCAACGGAACGAGAGAAAACGCAAGUCGGACAGAAACCAACUUACGAUGGAUGGAUAAUAAUUCAGUCAGAUGGAUCAGUUUACACAGCGCAUUACCCUUGUAUAGGAGGGUGUGUAUUCUGCUGCCUCGGCUAAUAUUUGGCCAUCUUAAAAAAUGAAUUUGAUUUAUGUAUGUGUUAAAUGAUAAAUCCAGAUUGAUCUGUUCAACUGACACAAUGUUGAAGUGUUAAUGAAAAUAAUAAUUUGCAGCUUUGCGAAAUUUUGUACUUCGUUUCCAAAUUGUUGAAGACAUCUUUAUACUAUGCCCAAGUGUAUGUGAUCUCUAUGGCUUUCAGAAUAAUUUCCUUUUAUCUAGUAUUCAAAACUUUGACUCUGGUCAUCACAAUAUAUCUGUUGAAACUUUUCUUAAUUCCUAAUUUCUUGAUCAGGGCUGAUGGUGCUUGCCGGCACAUUGGUGCCUCGCUUAUUGACCUUGAAGCUACACUGAGAGAAAAUGUUGUAAUAACUUGCACAGGGAGAAAGUGCACUUGGAAACAACGGAAGAGGACUCAUGAGGGCAUGACAAAAGGAUCAGCCAUGGAUUUUACAAAACCCACACUGAACAAAGAGAAAAAGAAGCGACUAAAACCAAGGUGUGAUACUUAUGACCCCAGAACUUCAUAUGAUACGAAUGUAAAUUUGGCUGAGAAUUUUAGAAAGCUUGUUGCUGAAACUGUUCCUUCAGCUGUAUUACUGCAUCUGUUACCUGACCCAGACACAUGUAAUGGUCAACAUCCUCAACUUGAUUCAGAAAAUGUAAAUGACAUAAGAGAGGAAAAUUCAAUUGUUACUACAUUUACAUUAGAUUCUUUAUCACCAAUGAAACCUUUGCCACCCAGUCUGGAUGAGAUUAAAGAAAGGGGCAAGGCAAUAAAAAGAAAACUUCAGUUUACAGAUGAUGAAAUUGAUGCAGUGGAAAAAAACAAAACUGCAGAGUGA